UGGUACCUCUCUUAGUAGCAGCUGUCUGGUAUGGAAGAAAAUAGGUUAAUAAAUUGUAAUAUACUGAAUUCAACAUUAAAAAAUUCAAAUAUAUUAAUUCCAGAGGUGAAUAAUUAUAUGUGUUUUUAAAUUCACAUCAUUUUGAGCCUUAUUUUCUUAGUCUUAGUCCAUAGUCUUCCAUCUUCCAGAUGAGGAAGGUAUUUCCAGGUCUCAAAAUUCUAAUUCACACACCAUACAGGCAGAGCAAACUAAGAUGUCACAAAUAUAGCCAACUGCAGGCAGAGCUGCUUCCUGUUUCUCUGUUAGACUCAGGACCAGAGUGGAUGUACUGAAGGUUUUGAAACGGCAUUUUAAGAACAAUAUCAUGGAGCUUUGCUGGCUGAAUUGGCUGAUACUGUGUCUGCUGCUCAGGCAUGCUGGCUGCGGAAUGAAUUAUGGAUAUCCCUGUCAUGUCAAAAUGAAUUCCACCGCUAACACCGUCAAAUUUGAUUGCUCCAGUCUUCGAUUGAAGGAAGUACCGACAUGGAUCACACAGAACAUCACUGAAAUUCAUCUUUCAGAAAACCACAUCAAACAUAUAUCUACCAACGCUUUCAAUGGACUGCAGAACCUGACAUAUCUCGAUCUCCGCUGGGCAAACCAAAAUCAGGCGGUGUACAUAGAGAAAGGAGUGUUCGCCCAGCUAACAAACCUUGCGAAGCUAAACCUCUGUGGUAAUAUUCUUCCGAAUGUUCCGGAAAGCCUUCCUUCAGGACUGAAAAUGCUAAAUCUAUCAAAAAACAAAAUAAUAUCAAUCAGCCCGGAAAUAUUCACUAAGCUUCAGAAAAUUACUGAGCUUGUCUUGUCCAAAAACUGUUACUACUGGAACCCUUGUGGAAAGGAGUAUGAUCCCGGAAAUGGGAGCUUCUCAAGCCUAACUGAACUAAACAUUUUAGACUUGGCCUUCAAUAACUUGAGUAGUGUUCCAAAAGAACUACCACCCUCUCUUCAACACUUGGACCUGGCUUCUAACCGCAUACGGCAGGUUACUGCUGAGGACUUCAUUUGGCUGACCAACCUGACAAUUCUCGAGCUCCAGGGAAAUUGCCCCCGAUGUUACAAUUCUCCUUAUCCGUGUGAUCCUUGUCAGUACAUUACGAUUCAUGACCUGGCCUUUCAAAAUCUCACAAAACUAGAGACACUGAACUUGGCAGGGAACUCUCUAAAAUUCAUGAAAAGCUCUUGGUUUCUAAGUUUGGUAAAUCUAAAAACUCUGUUCCUUUCAUUUAACUUUUUACGUACAGCUAUUGCUGAUGGUGGCUUUCUGGGUUAUUUGAAAAAACUGGAGUUAUUGGAUUUGUCCUACAACUAUGAUUUGAAGGAAUAUCCCUCAACACUUGAUCUUUCUCCCAGUUUUUCUAAAUUGGUGUCUCUUAGGUCAAUACAUCUACAGGGUUAUGUGUUUAAAGAAAUUUGUGGAAAUACUUUAAAUCCCCUUUCAGGUUUAAAAAAUCUCUCUGUGUUGGAUUUGGGUACAAAUUUCAUUGUUCAUACGAAUGCGUCUGUGUUUAAAAAAUUUGGAAACAUCAAACUAAUAUAUCUGUCAGAAAACAGACUUUAUCCUGUCACUGAAGGUUCACAUGAAAAUCAAAGCGGGGAGCGAUGUGGAGGUAAUGGCAAGGGUAAUCGUCUCAAUCCAGAUCCCCACGUUCCUCUCUUAACAGCAUACAGCCAAAAUGUCAAACCAGACACACGGUAUGAACCGCAAAGUGCUCUUGUGAAGGCUAAGUGUUUUGCGUCUGGUCGAGUACUGGAUCUCAGCUCAAAUAACAUUUUUUUCAUUUCCCCAAUUCAGUUUGAGGACUUUGGGAACAUCUCCUGUCUGAACCUUUCCAAUAAUGGCUUUGCAGCUGCCUUAAAUGGAACUGAAUUCCAGUUUUUGUCAGACCUGAAGUACCUGGACCUGUCCUUUAAUAAGAUAGACUUGGCCUAUGACAACGCCUUCUCUGAGCUAAAAAAACUGGAGGUGCUGGACCUGAGCCACAAUGCUCAUUAUUUCAUGGUAUCUGGAGUGACACACAAUUUAAAUUUUUUACAAAAUCUGCCAUCUUUAAAAGUGCUCAAUCUGAGCCGUAAUUAUAUCUCUACUUUAACCAGUAAGAACAUGACCAGCAAUUCUCUUACAGAGCUGCAGUUCCAAAAAAAUUAUCUUGGAAGAUUAUGGAAAGAGAAUGACCAUUCCUAUGUACAACUUUUCAAAAAUCUGGUGAACCUGGAAUAUCUUGACAUAUCUUCCAAUGAAAUUGACAGGAUUCCACAAAGCGUAUUUCAGAAUCUACCUCGAAGCAUAAUUAAAUUGUGUUUAGCCCACAAUUCAAUGACCAAUUUCAAGUGGAGUAAUCUGAAAUUGUUCCCCUCCCUUCAGUUUCUCGAUCUGAGCCAUAAUUAUAUCUCAGAAGUGUCCACAACCCUGUCAAACCUCUCAGAAACACUCAAGUUUCUUCACUUGGGAAAAAAUAAAAUUGCACAAUUGUCUGAUGGUUUCCUAAGAGGUGCAGAAAACAUCCAAUUCCUUGAUCUCCGCUCCAAUUAUCUUCGCUAUAUCAACAAGACUGCUUAUGAAACUGGGAGAAGAAAUCACUCUCAAAUGCUCUUCUUGGGCGGAAACCCAUUCAGCUGCACGUGUGAGAGGCUGGAUUUCAUCAUGUGGCUGAAAAUGCGCACUGAUGUGAUUAUCCCUGAUCUGGCUACAAGUAUCAAUUGUGCUGUUCCAACUCUGAGAAAGGGUGAUAGAAUGAAUGUGGUAGAUUUCAAAAUAAAGAACUGUGUAGACAACAAUAUAGCCUUCCUCAUUCACUUCCUCUCUGCCUUCCUCAUCAUUUGCAUAAUGGUGUCAGCGACCACAAUGCACCUCUUCUACUGGGAUGCCUCCUACGCUCUGCACUACUGGCGGGCAAAGAUGCAGGGGUAUUAUCGGCUGAGGUCAGGCGGGAACGUCUACGACGCCUUCGUUACGUACGACACCAAGAACCCUCACGUCUCGGAGUGGGUUCAUAACCACCUGCGCGUGGAGCUGGAGGAGGUGGGAGACAAGCUCUCGCCCAUCUGUCUGGAGGAUCGUGACUGGACCCCGGGAAUCCCGGUGCUCGACAACCUAACCCAGAGCAUCGGGCAGAGCCGGAAGACCGUGUUCGUGCUGACGGAGGACUACGUCCGGAAUGGGACUUUCAGGAUGGCCAUGUACCUGGCCCAUCAGCGGCUGCUGGACGACAACGACGACGUGAUGGUGCUGGUGUUGCUGGAGCCGGUGCUGCAGCACUCCCGGCUGCUGCGUCUGCGCAGACGGCUGUGCAGCCGCAGCGUCCUGCAGUGGCCCCGCAGCCCGUCCGCAGAGCGCUGGUUCUGGCAGUGCCUGCGAAACGUCAUCAGGGUGGACAAUCAGGCCAUGUACAACAAGCAAUACUCCCAGUAUUUCACCAGCAAGUAAAUCUGGCUUUGCACACACACACACACACACACACACACACAUAUACACACAUGUGCGCACUCACACACACACAUACAUGCGCACUCACACACACACACACACACACACACACACAAACACACAUAUACACACACAUGCUCAUACAGUACAUGUGCCUGACCAUAUAACAAUGACAUAUAUAAGGUUUGAUGCAAGCAACUGUAAAAUGCAGUAUGCAAGUUGAAUGUUACAAUAUUACUUGCAUCCACUAGAUGUCAGUAUAACAAAACGAAAGCACAGAGUCUUGCAUCAAUAGAAUGUUUUCUUUCUUUUUCAGACUUACAAAAAUAAAAUACAACCAACUUCACAAAAUGCAGACACACAAAAAAAGAAAAUAAUAUUAAUAAUAAUAAUAAUAAUAAUAAUAAUAAUAAUAAUAAUAAUAAUAAUAAUAAAAAGCUCAGCUCAACCCAUUAUUUCCCUUAUACAUCAAGUAUUUAUCUUUAUAUUUUUUUCCAUAUAUUCUACCCAUGUAGUCAAUUUUUCCUUUAGUAGUUGUACCUGAUUGUUUAUUCUUAGAGAGAUUUUUUCUGCUACAUAUAUUUUUUGUACAGUUUCCAUCCAUUCUUUAGUUGUUGGUAUCUUAGUUCUUGAGCAAUUUCUGGUUAUUUGUUUUAGGAUUGCAAUUCUAAUAGUUCUAAACAAAUAUACAUUAUAUAUUAUAUCAUCUGCGUAUAAUGCAAGUUUAUGAUGUGAAUGAUCUAAGAUUUUAACACCUUCUGUUGCUGUCUUAUCUAUUCAGCUAAUGGGUCAAUACUCAAAGCAAAAAUAAGUGUUGAGUACCUCUAGAUAUAGAAAACAUAUUUGGUUAUCAAAACCAAAAUGUUUAAAAAAAAAAUGACCAUGACACUUUGUCAAAAGCAUUUUCAGCAUCUAAAGUAACCAUAGCAUAUGGAUAUGACUUCCAUUUCCAUUCCAUAUUUCCAUUAUGUUUAAUGUUCUUCUUAUAUUAUCUGUUAGUUGUCUGCCAGAAAUAAAAACCUGUUUGAUCAUUAUUUACUCUUUCUGGGAUUAUCUUUGCUAGUCAGUUUGCAAUGAUUGAUGACAGUAGUUUUUGAUCUCCGUUUAUGAGACUUAUUGGUCGAUAAGAUUGGUACUGUCUGGUAUUUCCCUUCUUUAUGCAGCAAGGUUAUUAUUGUAGUGUUCCAUGUCGUAGCCCAUUGUCCGUUAUCAAGUGCCCAGUUGAAUGUUUUCCUUAAUAAAGGUGUUAGCUCCUUUUCAAAUUCUAUAUAAAACUUGUUGGUAAACCCAUCAAUUCCAGGUGAUUUACACAUUUCAGAGUUUUUAAUAUGUGUCUGAAUUUCAUUUUCUUCUAUUGACGCUAUAAGGCUAUUAUUUUGUUCUAUUGUUACUUUUGGUAAAUUGAUUUUCUCAAGGAAGGGUUUUAUAUUGUCAUCUAUGUUGACUUCUUUCGAGCUAUACAACUUUUCAUAAUAAUUAACAAAUUGUGCCACUAUUUUUUCUUUUCUAGUUAUAGGGUGUUUAGUUAUAGGGUCCUUCAAACUGGAAAUGUGAGCUUUACCCUGUUGUUUUUUAAGCCUAUACGCCAAGAUCUUUACAGCUCUUGGUCCUGUAUCAUAAUUAUUCUGUCUAGCAAAUAUUAAGGAUUUUUCUAUCUCUUCUGUGAGAAGUUUGUUAAGUAUUGUUCUCGCCGCCUUUCAUUGUUUUAGUGUAUUUACAUCUCCACCACUUUUAUGAUUUUACUCCAACUGUUCGAUUUCAUUUUCAAGUUGUUGUUGUUUGUUGUUGGGGUUUUUUUUUCUGUAUGAGGAGUAGGAUAUUAUUUGCAAGCAGUUAAGGGGUCUUCCCCAGCUUACCUACAAUAAAUCAUCAGACCCUACACCCCUGCCAGACCUCUUCGUUCAGCCUCCACAGGCCGCUUGGCACCUCCCCCUCUCCAAACUUCCACCUCUCGCUCACGACUACUGUCUGUUCUGGCUCCACGGUGGUGAAACGAACUCCCCCGUUGAGGUCAGAACUGUAGAAUCUCUUCCCACCUUCAAACGCAAACUGAAGACGCACCUCUUCAAGCAGCACCUCUCCCCGUCCCUCCCUACCUCCCUGUGAACCUUAAUUGUUGUCUUCCUGUGAUUUACUUUUUUGUGUAUCAGUAUCUUUAGUUUGGCUAGGUAAGCAGUGUUUGGAUAGUUAAGGGGUUUGGUCAUACUUUUGCUUUGUUUGUUUGUUUGUUUAAUUUAAAAAAUAAAAUAAAAUAGGCCCUUGUCCUUAUCUUUGUUGUGCAGGUAGCAGUUGAAAUUGUACUUCCCUCUAGGGUCUUUCAGCGCACUUAUCCCUGUUUAUGGGUAUGCACUUUGUUGUACCUCGCUCUGGAUAAGAGCCUCUGCCAAAUGCCAUUAAUGUAAUGUAUUUCUCCUCUCAAUACACUUUUGCACAUUCUUUUUCAGAAAUAAUGAGUUGACAAAUCUCCAAAGUAAUCUACCUUUAACUCCCCCUAGUUCAACUGUCAUAUACAGUAUAUGGGAGCAUGGUCUGAAAGAAGUAUUUGUCCUAUUUCACAUUUCUUUAUUUUGCGCACAUCAAUAGAAUGUUAUUUUAAAUGUACUAUACAAUAAUGAGAGAGUUUCUUGUAUUUUAUGAGUUUUCCUAGAUCACUUUUCAUAUUACUCUGUUAAUUUCAGGAGUUCAGAAACAUCUUCAUGCAGAAUUUGAGGGCCUCUACCAGUCUUUUUCUGUAAAUGUCUUCUGAAUAAAAAUGGAUUGACUUGAAGCAGUGAACAAGAA